AUGUCCCUUCAACAAGUGCACAUUGGGCUCGGCCGCAAUGGUUUCGAGCCCGUGGGCUCUGCCGUGGCGGCCGCCGACGAGACGGCCUGCGCAAACAGGCAAUACAGCCAGCUCAUGGAUAAUCUCCUACGACUGUGCCCGCAGCACGCGUGGCCCAAGAGCUCCUACAAAGCCAUGUGUCCGAGUCCCAUUCUCGUCAACCAGCAGCACCAGGGCCAUCUAGAGUCCCUUCACGAGGCCCUGACCAGUGCCGUCACGGACAUUGUGCAGAGAUGGUGGUCCGACAAGGAAGCAGAUUUCCCCCAGCGCAUGCCGCUCGCCAGGGACGAGGAAGAUAUGCUGCGAUGGCUGGACGACCAGGUUUCCCGGGGCAGAAUGGCGCCAUUUUCAUCGUGUCGUGGGUCGUGGAGACCAGACUUUCUCGUCAAGGACGGCGCUGCCGGGGAAGGCGAGGUCUUUUGCAUAACUGAGAUCAACGCCCGGUUUUCCUUCAACGGCUUCAUGCAUGAGGCUCUGGGCCAGGAGGCACUCGACGAGAUGGGCCUCGGCCAGCACGGCUUGGCUGGCGCGACGGACACGGCAAAGCUCUUGGGCGGGCUGAUGCAACUGGUCCAGCCGCGCAUCCCGUUGCAUCUGCUCAGGGGCGAAGAGCCGGGAAUGGACAUACACAUGUUUGUCAACGUGAUGCAGCGGCGCUCUGGGCUGACGGUGCGCCCCGUGACGCCGGCAGACCUCAGGUUAGUGCCCGGGCCGGACGGCUCUGGCCUCAAGCUUUGCUGUGCCGUUGGCAACGGUCCGGACGAGACGACGGCGGCCGUGUCGUGGACCACCGAGGCCGGCGAGCUCGUCGAGGAGAUUCACCAGCUGGGACUGGAACUGCACCAGCGCGAGCUGGCGCGCCUGGAGCCCGAGAUGCUGCGCCAAAUCAGCCUCCGCUGCUUCAACGACAUGCGGACGGUGUUGCUGGUCCACGACAAGAGAAUGCUGGGCGUGGUCAAGCAGGAGCUCGGCCGUCUUGUGAGGCGGCGCGUCCUCAGCCCGGCCCAGGCUCGGGUUCUCGACGCGGGCAUCGCGGAUACCGCGAUCCCCGGCUCGGCGGAGAUGAGCGCGCUUCUCGACCUGUGCAGGCAGGACCCCGAGCUGAGAAGGCACCAUCUGCUCAAGCCGGUGCGAGGCGGCAAGGGCGCCGGCAUAGUGUUUGGCGAUGAAUUGAGCCCCGGCGAAUGGGUCGCCGCCCUCGAGCGCUUGCAGACCUCCCUUCCCGUCCCGGGCGUCUCCUGUGUUGUGCAGCGCCGCAUCCACCCCCGGCUAUACGACGUUGUAUUAAAGCCAUCUGGUGACAAGGCCCGGCACCCCCUGGUGGGCACAUAUCAUGCCGUCCACGGAAAAUUGCUCGGUCUCGGCGUGUGGCGCACCGGGCCCGAUCGUAUCUGCGCCAUUAGCACCGGGGGCGCUUGGAUGUGUUCGGUUACGAGUGCCAGACAGCAUUGA